AUGAGAGAUCUGGUGAGACGAUUCGUGAACAGUUGUGUCAAGUGCAGACGACAAAGAGCGGAAAGCCUGCAGCAGUUAAUGAGUACACUACCAAAGGAAAGAAUAACGUCUCAAAGAGCUUUCCUGACCACUGGCAUAGAUUACGCUGGACCUAUUUUGCUGAAAACUGGACGUGGGCGUGGAACACGAAAUGAGAAAGCCUGGUUGGCCUUGUUCGUAUGCUUUGCUGUAAAGGCAGUACACAUAGAGUUGGUGAGCAGUCUCUCGACAGAGGUCUUCCUCGCAGCCCCGAAGAGAUUUGUUUCGCGCCGCGGGAAACCAAGCAAAAUCUACAGUGACAAUGUAGUACAACGCUCCAAAGAUCACAACGAAAGAGUGUCCGAAUCUGUACAUCACGACGAGAUAGAAUGGCAUUUUGCACCUCAAAGGGGGAGUCAUUUUGGAGGAUUAUGGGAAGCGGGCGUCAAGAGCGUCAAGACCAUUAACGCCUCUCUCUACUGA